AUGACACGAGCGAUAAAAACAAUAAAAGUUGAGAAAUACAAACCAAUUGAGAAAAAAGUUCAUUGGCAUGCCUUUGAGUUUGAGAGGACGGCAAUUUUUUACUACAUUAUUGAGGGCAUUAAUGAAGUUUUGAAGGCCUAUAGAACAAGUCAGGAGCCUGGUGUUCUUAAGCUUAAGGAACCUGCCUUGGAUGAAAUUACCCAUGCAUUAGUGGGGCGUUAUAAUCUGAAUUUUACAAGACAAGAUAUAUCUUCUCUCUGGUUUUUGUGCAAACAGGAAGCAUCCUUAUUGAAUAUAACUGAUCAAGCGUGUGCUCUGUUCACUCCAUCUGAGGUAUUCAACAUCCCUCUCCUUAGUGUUGCGACUUCGUUUGUAGCUGAAGAUAUCUCCAAAAAUGCAAGCAAGGGAUCAACUUCAGAUGAAAGAACGGCACUACCCUCAGUCCCUACUGCCUUACUUUUAGCGCUUGGAAUUGGUUUAUGUGAAGCUUUAGCUAUGUAUUUGGGAUCUGGACUGUUUCUCAACAUGAUGGGCAUAUCAACAGUUGGAGGACAUGAAAACUAUGGAAUCAGAGACGAAUUCCAUUGACAGGGCUGUUGCUAACCUCAUGUUCAGUAAGGUGGAUUCGGGUGGAAUACAUCUCCUCGCUGCAGUGUCAUCCAAAGAGGAAGCUAAGGAAACAACCAAGCAGUGCAACUACAGCUUGAAUCAGCCACAACAACCUCAUUGGCAUCACCACACAAGAAGUUCAACCGGUGAUGCGGAAGUUCCAAUCUUCGGUUAAAUGAAGCCACACUUGCUGCUGCAGCAAAUAGAUCCAUGCAAAUUUCUCAAGCACUGUAUUGUAAGCGCUAUGUAGUCGGUACAUGCUGUCUCAACUCAACAGAGAUGCACAUUUCAGAUUUCAUGGAGUACGUGGACCUCUUUAAAUGUGUAUGUAUAUAUAUAUAUCAAAGUGGUUUGUAUUUGUUAACAGGAUGUGAAUUCUUGAUGCAUCCACUCAAUUUUGGUUAGCACCUAAAUGAGUUAUAUGUUUUUGUUAAA